GGCUGUGGGAUGGGGUAGUAUGAAGCCCGGAGGAUGGGAGCGAACAAUGGGAAACAGUGCGGCAGUGAUGGCAAAGGCAGCUCAAGCAUCUCAUCCGACGUGAGUUCAAAUACAGAUCAUACACCGACCAAAGGCAGAAGGAAUGCAGCUACCAGCGAAGAUUCGGAUUUGAGUAUGCGGACCUUGAGCACGCCAAGCCCUAUACUGAUGUGUCCUCCAAAUGUCCAGCUCUUUCAGAAUGGCCAAGGAUCUUCCACCUCCUCUUCCUCUAUUACAGGGGAAACCAUCGCUAUGAUCCAUUCCCAGCCCCUGCUCCAUAAAUCCCAGUGUAUCAUCAGGCCGGCAUCGAGACAGCAGAAGGAACAGGCCCCUGUAGACACGCUACUGGACCAAACCUUGAUCCAGAUCUUCUCGCACCUGCCCACCAACCUGUUGUGUCAAUGUGCACGUGUUUGUCGGCGCUGGUACAACCUGUGCUGGGACCCCCGUCUGUGGAGGACUAUUCGCUUGACAGGUGAAACAAUGAACGUGGACAGGGCCUUGCGGGUGCUCACCCGAAGGUUGUGUCAGGACACACCUAAUGUAUGCCUCAUGUUGGAAACAGUCAUCGUUCAAGGCUGCAGGCGGCUUACAGACAGAGGCCUCUAUACCAUUGCUCAGUGCUGUCCAGAGCUACGUCAACUUGAAGUGGCAGGCUGUUACAACAUCUCCAAUGAAGCGCUCUAUGAUGUUGUUUCACGGUGUCCCAACCUGGAGUAUCUGGAUGUUUCAGGUUGUUCCAAGGUGACCUGCAUUAGUCUUACUCGAGAGGCCUCCAUCAAACUCUCCCCACUGCACGGAAAACAGAUCUCCAUUCGCUAUCUGAAUAUGACGGAUUGCUUUGUACUUGAAGAUGAGGGGCUGCACACAAUAGCUGCUCACUGCACCCAGUUGACUCACCUCUACAUGCGCCGGUGUAUCCGAGUCACAGAUGAGGGCCUGCGUUACCUGAUGCUUUACUGUACAUCAAUCAAGGAGCUGAGUGUCAGUGACUGUCGGGCGGUGAGCGAUUUCGGCAUGAGAGAGGUAGCAAAGCUGGAAGUGCAACUGAAGUAUCUCAGCAUUGCUCACUGUGGCCGGAUCACAGAUGUGGGUAUCCGUUAUAUUGCAAAGUAUUGCAGUAAACUGCGGUAUCUCAAUGCUCGAGGUUGUGAAGGAAUAACGGAUCAUGGUAUUGAGUACCUAGCCAAAAAUUGCACAAAACUCAAAUCUCUGGAUAUAGGGAAGUGUCCUUUAGUUUCGGAUGCAGGGAUGGAGUUUUUAGCGUUAAACUGCUACAAUCUGAAACGGCUAAGCCUUAAGUCAUGCGAGAGCAUCACCGGUCGUGGAUUACAGAUCGUUGCGGCCAACUGCUUUGAGCUUCAGAUGUUGAACGUGCAGGACUGCGACAUCUCUGUCGAGGCACUACGCUUUGUCAAGCGCCACUGCAAGCGAUGCAUUAUAGAGCACACCAACCCUGCCUUCUUCUAACGGGAUGCUCAUCAGCACCACAAACAGACCAGAGAUUGUAAGGCCUCAAAAUUGAUUUGCCUUUUUCCCCCACCUUCAUUCAAAUAUUUACUUUAUUUUCAUAUUGUAAAAUGCCAUUGCCUAAGCAAUAUAACUCUUUUAUGAUUGAAAAUCAUGGUAAUGAAAAUAUGUUGCUUGUCUUUCUCUAUAACAUACUUGUAAGUUUUUAGCUGCCAAAUUUCCCCACAGAAAUUGCUGUCUCGAGGCAUAAUUGAGAUCAAAAUAAUAUUGAUCAAAUUUCAUAUUACUCCAUAAAACCAUAAAUUGGGUAUAACAAGGAAACAUUUGAUAUACUGUUUGCCUCUUCAUUUUCCAGUUUUAUAUAAAAAAGGAGCAUGAACCCUCAGUCAUUAUCAGAAUCUGUGAAAUAGACGCCAUUACUUUUCGUUGGUUAUAGAAUGGAAGGAUCUUGAUAGAGUUUCUUUACAAUGCUUUGAUUUUAGGUUUAAGAAUCCUAUAAUACUAAAAGGCAAGUUGAUUGUACAUUUGAACAUUUGUUGCACUCAAGUGUUUCCAUAAUCCAUCACUGCUCUCUUUAGAUGUUGAUAUUUCUUCAGUGUGUGUGUGUGUG